AUGACUUCUUCCGGCUCGGAUGAUCUGAAAAGCCUUCAAGAGCAGGCAAAUUCCCUUAGAAAAUUUGCCUUCUAUGGAGUUGCCACAUCUACUAUUGCCACUUUAUUCUCUGUAAUAUCCGUUCCUAUUUUGUACAGUGUUAUGCAGCACAUGCAGUCUAAUAUGCAAUCAGAAGUUGAUUUUUGUCGACUUAGGUCUGGAAAUAUAUGGAGAGAACUUUCGAAGACACAGAUCUUGACCCAAGUUGCUGGUGGCGCAAUUGUUCGGUCCCGUCGUCAAGCUGGUUACAGUUCCGGUCCACUUGAAAGCGCUGUAGAAUCUGCUCCUGCAAAUGUAGGAGGAGGUGGUGGAGGCUGCUGUGGGUGUGGAGUGUCUCCACAAGGACCACCAGGAGUUCCAGGAAGAGAUGGAGAUGAUGGAGCUGAUGGAGAAGCUGGAGCACCAGGAAAGGACGGACCAGAUGGACCAGCAGCCACUCCUGCUCCAAACUAUGAAUGGUGCUUUGACUGCCCACCAGGACCACCAGGACCAGCAGGAAGUCCAGGAUCCAAAGGACCAUCUGGAAAUCCAGGUGCACCAGGAACCGAUGGACCAACUGGAAACAAAGGAAACCAGGGACCACCAGGAAAUGCUGGAGCUCCAGGAUCCAAUGGAAACCCAGGAGCCGCUGGAAACCCAGGAACACCUGGAAAAGUUAUUGAAGUACCAGCUCCAGCAGGACCAGCUGGAGCACCAGGACCUGCCGGACCACCAGGACCAGCAGGAACUCCAGGAGGACCUGGACAACCAGGAAAAGACGGAUCACCAGGAGAUGCUGGAGACAAUGGAACUGCUGGAUCUCCAGGACAACCGGGAGGAGAGGGACCGGUCGGACCAGAUGGAGCAAGAGGACCAAGCGGAGGUUGUGAACACUGUCCACCACCAAGAACUGCACCAGGAUAUUAG